AUGGACAAUUGGCGGGAGGGCUGGUCGGACGACAAGAAGGACUACUGCUGCGACGAGUACGGCCUGGGGUGCAAAUUCGACUGCGAGUCUGGACUCGGCCACUGGAAGAAGGGCUGGUCCAGCGUCAAGAAGGACACCGGGAGGUGGUGCUGCCGCAUGAGGGGCAAGGGUUGCGAGCAGGGCGCGACCGGCGAGCCGCAGCACGGCAAGGCUGGCAACGAUUUGGACGCGGACGGUGUUCCAGACGACAAGGACGCCGACAUGGACGGCGACAGCGUCCCCAAUCAUCUCGACGCAUUCCCGCGUGACUUCACGGAGUGGUCCGACCAUGACGGAGACGGCGUCGGCGACAAUAAGGAUGACGACAUGGAUGGAGACGGGUGGGCGAAUGGCAGAGACGCCUUCCCAGAGUCAAAGGCGGAGUGGCUGGACACCGACAAGGACGGCGUUGGAGACAACACGGACACUGACGAUGACAACGAUACUCGUCCGGACAGCGAAGACGCAUUCCCAAGAGAUCCAACAGAGUGGUCCGACAUAGACGGCGACGGUGUUGGCGACAAUACGGACGACGAUCUGGACGGAGACGGCAUUGCGAAUGGCAACGACAAGUUCCCGAAGGACCCGAAGGAGUGGUCCGACAUGGACGGCGACGGCAUUGGCGACAAUUCGGAUACGGACAGAGACGGCGAUGGAGUUCCGAACGGGGAGGACGCCCGCCCGCCCGAGCGCCCCCCAACCGUUAUGCCAGGACGGCGCCUCGCCCGUCGUGACGCCGUCGGGCGACACUUCGUCCGCCGUGGACUCGGACGGGGAUGGCAUCGUCGACAGCGAGGACCUGAGGGGGGAACGGUUGCGAGGAGGACGUCUUCCCGGACGAUUUUUCCGAGUGGGCCGACAUUGACGGGGACGGCAUCGGAAACAACAAGGACGACGAUAUGGACGGAGACGGAGUCCCCAACAACCUCGACACGCACCCGACGGACCCCGAGGACCGAGUGGGCGGAUCUGGACGGGGAUGGCAUCGGAGACAACAAGGACAACGACCGAGACGGCGACGGGUUCCCCAACAACCAGGAUUGGACGCCUACCCUGACGACCCAGACAGGUUCUUGGACGACGGGGACUUCGAGAUCUACGACGACGUCUCCGCCGCGGCUCCUGCUGGAGCUCCCGCGCCCACCGCUGGCGCACCCUCGCCGGACACCGACGGCGACGGUGUCCCCGACAGCAAGGAUCCGCGAUGGUGACGGGGUGUCGGACGACAAGGACCCUGCACCCCAUGAUCCAAAUUGUUCGAAGAAGUCUUGUACCAAAGACAGCGACGGCGAUGGGGUGCCAGACUACAAGGACCCCGCCCCCCUCAACCCUCUCUGUUGGGAGACACCGUGUGCCAGAGACAGCGAUGGCGAUGGAUUGAUGGACGGCGCGGACCCAGCACCUCAUGAUCCAGACUGCUGGAGGAAGAGUUGUGCCAAUUCUACAGACAGCGACGGCGACGGGGUGCCAGACGACAAGGACCCUGCACCCCAUGAUCCAGACUGCUGGGAGAAGUCUUGUACUAAAGACAGCGACGGCGAUGGGGUGCCAGAUUCUAAGGAUCCCGCACCUCAUGACCCUGACUGUUGGAUGAGGGCGUGCGCCAAAGACAGCGACGGCGAUGGGGUGCCAGACUACAAGGACCUUGCCCCCCAUGACCCGAAUUGUUGGGAGAAGACUUGUGUCAAUUCUACAGACAGCGACGGCGAUGGGGUGCCAGACGACACGGACCCUGCACCUCGCGACUCAAAUUGCUGGGAGAAGCCCUGUGCCAAAGACAGCGACGGCGAUGGGAUACCAGACUAUAAGGACCCGGCACCCCAUGACCCGAAUUGCUGGGAGAUGUCUUGUACCAAAGACAGCGACGGCGAUGGGGUGCCAGACUAUAAGGAUCCCGCACCUCAUGACCCUGAUUGUUGGAUGAGGGCGUGCGCCAAAGACAGCGACGGCGAUAGGGUGCCAGACUACAAGGAUCCCGCACCUCAUGACCCUGAUUGUUGGGAAAAGGCUUGCGCCAAAGACAGCGACGGCGAUAGGGUGCCAGACUACAAGGAUCCCGCCCCUCAUGACCCUGAUUGUUGGGAAAAGGCUUGUGCCAAAGACAGCGACGGCGAUGGUGUGCCCGACUAUAAAGAUCCCGCACCCCAUGACCCUGAUUGCUGGGAGAAGGCUUGCGCCAAUGACACAGACAGCGACGACCAUGGGGUGAGAUAUGGCAAAGAUGCAGCGCCACAAAAGCCAAAUUGCACGACGCUCCCGUGCGACAGCGAUGGUGAUGGAGUUCCUGAUGACGAAGACCCUGCUCCCAGUGACCCGCACUGUUGGGAGGUGAUUUGCGCCACGGACAGCGACGGCGACGGUGUGAUGGAUGACAAGGAUCCGGCCCCGAACGACCCCGAGUGUUGGGAGCUGCCGUGCAAGGAUGGAGUGUGGGAUACGCUGGACAAGGUGCACAAGCCCUUGCCUGAGCAAGGCUACCACGGUCGAGACGUGCAACACAGGGACAAGCGGACGUGGACUGGGGACUGGCAGAGCGAGUGGGACCAGAACGACGAGAGCCCGAGGCAGACGAUCGCGCGGGCUUGCAAGGACCAUCCGUCUUCUGAGUGGUGCAAGAGAUUUUUGCGAACUUGA